AUGGCAAGUAAUCACAAACCAACACAAAAUGAUCUUCAUAAACAAGAACCAUUCAUUGAAAAUAAUAUGGAUUUUCAAAAUGAUGGUAACAGCGAACCAAUGCAAGUAAACGUACACAUUAAUACUACAAUUAAUAUCAAUCUUCUUCGUAACAUAGUACGAUCUGAUGACCAUAAUAACCGUACAAAAAAUAUGAAUGUGAAUAUAAAAAAUAUAAAGAUACAAGAAAAUAUUGAUAAUUAUGGCCGUAAUAAUACGAAAGAUGAAGUUGAAGAUGAAGAAACAAUUGAAAUAGAAUAUUAUAGACGUGCACCCAGUCAAAAACAUCAUCAUGCUCAAUAA